CGUGAGAGGAAACUCACUGAAAAACUUAGCCUACUAGUGCACGCGUCCUGUUAAAACAACAUCUCUACAAUGAAAUCCCAGCAGAAUGAACAGUGAUGCGAAAGCGAAAAGGCAGCGCAGACCAUGACAGCUCGUUCACGGGUACACUACUGGACAGCAGCUCCGAUCUAAAGCAGUGCCACAAAAAGACAGACGCUGCUUCUGAUCCAGGAGGUUCGGGAACAGCGAUGGGGAGACGCUACAGGAGGGGUGGUCUGAUGUGGAGGUUGAGGAAGAUACUGAUCUGGGUGCUGGGAAUCUACAUCGCCAUCCCUGUUGUCAUUAAAGUCUGUCCAUCAAUACAAGCAAAAUUAGUAUUUUUAAACUUUGUGCGAGUGCCGUAUUUUAUAGAUCUGAAGAAACCACAGGAUCAGGGCUUGAAUCACACUCGCAACUUCUACCUGCAGCCGGAGGAGGGAAUCAACAUUGGAGUGUGGCACACAGUACCGUCAGCGAUGUGGAGGGAGGCUCAGGCAAAAGAUACUGAAUGGUAUGACAAAAGCUUCCAGUCUGGUCAUCCUGUCAUCCUGUAUCUCCAUGGCAAUGCUGGAACAAGAGGAGGGGAUCACAGAGUUCAGCUAUACAAGGUUCUUAGUUCAUUAGGCUACCAUGUAGUCACAUUCGAUUAUAGAGGUUGGGGCGACUCUGAGGGCAGUCCUUCGGAGAAAGGGAUGACGUCAGACGCUCUCUUCCUCUACCAGUGGAUAAAGCAGCGGAUUGGCCAGAAGCCCCUGUACAUCUGGGGUCACUCGCUCGGCACAGGAGUGGCCACUAACCUAGUGAGACGGCUGUGUGACAGGGGAACGCCCCCAGACGCCCUAAUUUUAGAGUCACCCUUUACCAAUAUCAGAGAGGAAGCCAAGAGCCAUCCCUUCUCUAUGGUUUACAGGUAUCUGCCAGGCUUUGACUGGUUCUUCCUAGAUUCUAUAACUGCAAAUGACAUCCGAUUUGCCAGUGAUGAAAAUGUCAACCACAUAUCCUGUCCGGUUCUGAUCCUGCAUGCAGAAGACGACACCGUCGUACCCUUCCAGCUGGGAAAGAAGCUGUAUGAUUUGGCAGCUCAGAGCAAGAGUCUGAACGGUCAUAAGGUUCAGUUCAUCCCGUUCCCCAGCUCUCUGGGCUACAGACACAAGUUCAUCUACAAGAGCCCACAGCUACCAAAUAUACUCAGUGAUUUUCUCAGUUCGCUGCAUCCUCACAUGUAGUCAGGAUCAUUUUAGCCGACUGCCCUCUCUCACACACACACACACACACAAAAUUUAUGUGACCUGCACCGUGUACUUCAUGUGUACAUGCACACACACACAAGCAUGGACUGAAGAGGCACCAGUUCUUUUGCAUUCCUUUGUUAACUUACAUACUGGAGGAAUGAAGUUUUUGUCACUGGGAGAGUGACAGGGCUGGGUGACUUGUUACACCACCUCCUGUUGCCACAGUAACAGAUCUUAGAUCUUAAGGGGCAGCUGGAGUGCGACGUAUGCAAAAUAAUAUGCAGAUAUGCACUGAAAUAACGCUUAAGUCAACAACGCUCUUCAAAGGAAAGACGUACUGAUGAAGUUUUAACGAUGGCACUGCGAUGACCACACAAGGAUUGCGGUCAAAGGGACGAAGCUGGACAACUUGCUAUAAUGAUGUCAUUGUCAGUGCUUGCUGACUGCGAUUCACUCCUUUUUUACGAACAUACAAUAACAAACUUGGCAACGGUAUCAUGGACCUUAUUUCAAUUCUCAAAUCCAGUCAAUGUGAAAACAGCAAGUUGUUUAAGGUUGAAUAUGAACUUGAAUUAUGUACAAUAAAAUGUCUUUUUUUUUUGUCUUUAUUUCUCUCCCAAUUUAAAUAAUGAUUUUACAUGCAGGAUUUUGUGCUGCCUUGGCAUUAAAACUCUGUGAUAUUUUUAUGGGAUGUUUUGUGCUGGUUUUGUGCUUAUGCUGUUGUGUUUGGUUGGUACAUAUGCAACUCAACUGCAUCAAAAUUGAAUGAGCUUUUGAAAUGACAUUUCCAUCCCCAAAUUCACAGAUGUUUCAUUAUUUGAAUGCAUUUGGUUGAUAAAUACUAGUUUGCAUGCCUGUUACUGGAAAAAAAGAUUGUUGCACAGUCAAAAGACAACAAAAAAACUGUAUGAAAAAUCCAUUUCUUUUCUUGGUUAUGUGGGUUAUGUAUUUUCUUUGAUCUUUUUACUCUCACUUUGCACAUUCCAAAAAAAUAAAUAAAUAAUUAAAAUUAAUUAUCUUAAUAUGUUGAAUACCAAAAUCAGAAACCUUAGUGACAAAUACUAAAAGAAUGACUUGGUUUGCUUUUAUUCAUAUUACAUUCACACUGUAAAAAACAAUUUGUUGAGUCAACUUCAAAUAAUUUGUUACCUGGCUGCCUUAAAUUUUUAAGUUCAGUCAACUCAAAAAAACAUUUAUUCAACUUGAAAUGUUAAGUUGUACUAAGUGACAACUUAGAUAAUUGAGUUGGUUCAACUUCAAUUUUUAAGGCAGCUGGGUUACUUACCUUGCUUUUAAGUUUAACAAACACAAAUAUCUAAGUUGUCACUUAGUACAACUUAACAUUUCAAGUUGACUAAAUGUGUUUGAGUUGACUGAACUUAAAAUUUGAAGGCAGCUGGGUAACAAGUUAUUUUAAGGUGACUCUACAAAUUAUGUGUUUUGUUUUUUACAGUGCAGUACCUAAUUAGUAUACAAUAUUGUUGAAAACUUUUUAAAAUUGUUUUUGGAAGAAGUUUCUUAUGCUUACCAAGACUGCUUUUUAAUUGAUCAGAAGUACAGUAAAAAUAGUAAUAUUGUUAAAUAGUAUUAGAGUAACAGUUUUUUAUUUAAUGUUUUAAAAUGUAAUUUAUUCCUGUGAUUCAAAACUGAAUUUUCAGCAUUGCUCAUUGGUCUUCAGUGUCAUAUGAUUCUUCAGAAAUCAUUCUAAUAUGCUGAUUUGGUGCUUGAAAAUAUUUGUUAUUAUUAAUGUUGAAAACAGUUGUGCUGCUUAAUAUUUUUUUAGGAUCCUUUGAUUAAUAGAAAGUUUUUACUGUCACUUUUGAUCAAUUUAAUGCCUCCUUGCUGAAUACAAAAAUCUUCCUGACCCCAAAAUUUGGACGUUUUUUUAACAAGGCCAUUGUAAGUGAUAAAAAAUAUAAUUUUGUUGCAUCUUGCAAUGUUUUAUAAUUCUGUUCUUUUAAUUUGUUGAAAUAUAUGUAAUUGAUUUUAACAUGCACAAAGUAAAUGACGCAAUACUCAAGUCAAGGACUGAAUACCAAGAUCCAUGACUCUACGAAACAAUGAGCAAUAAUUACAAAUCUUUGAUUUGCUCUAACGUCUUAUUAUAUAAUGAAUAUAUUUUCCUCACAGUGUGCACUGACCAUCUGACAAUUCAUAUCUGCAUAUUUAAAGUGAUUUUCACUGUAUUUUUCACCCUUUUGAAACUGAAGAUCUGCUGUAUUGUUGCUCUGUUUGUCAUGUUAUGUUUUUCCUCAAAUGUUUCUGCUCAUUUUUAUUUUUUUAAGGGCUGAUUGUAAUAUCAAGGUCAUGUGUGUAUGCAAGCUUCAAUCAUAGAUCUAGGCUCUCUUCUGAUGUUGCUAAUGUUAUUCUCAGAAAGAAAUUGUAUGACAAUUUUUGUUUUCCUCAGCCAGUGUGUGACUGAUACACUGAAAGAUAAACAACCAAAAUCUCUUAGUUUGUGAAAGACUAUGUAGAAAUGAUGUAGAAAUGAUCAUGUUAGCAAGACCACCAGGUCCUAGAGAAGUGCAAUAAUAGUAUCUAAAGCUGAAGGACAACCAUAUGUAAGACCAAAAAAAAACCUAUAUAUAUAUAUAAAUAUGAAGCCGCUCACUUAUAUAUUCCAUUGUACUAGAAUGUAAAAA